GUUCCGGAGGCUUCUGGGUAGCGAAUUACCCCCGCCCCCCGCACCGGCGCCUUCCUUUCCGUCCCUGACGCCGCUGAAGUCGCACGCGCGAGGCUUCUCCGCCGCCGCCAAGAUGCGCUACGUCGCCUCCUACCUGCUGGCCGCCCUCGGGGGCAAUUCCUCCCCCAACGCCAAGGACAUCAAGAAGAUCCUGGACAGCGUGGGCAUCGAGGCGGACGACGACCGGCUCAAUAAGGUCAUCAGUGAGCUGAACGGAAAGAACAUCGAGGACGUCAUUGCCCAGGGCAUUGGCAAGCUGGCCAGCGUGCCUGCUGGCGGGGCUGUGGCCGUCUCUGCGGCCCCAGGAGCUGCAGCUCCUGCUGCGGGUUCGGCCCCAGCCGCAGCAGAGGAGAAGAAGGAGGAGAAGAAGGAGGAGUCAGAAGAGUCAGAUGACGACAUGGGGUUCGGCUUGUUUGACUAGAGUUCCCCUCCUGCAAAUAAAACCCUGUUUACGUA